CAGCUCACUAGGUUUUGGCACAUUUGCAACUUGCAAGGCACAUUUACGAAACACUUUACGCCUACAAAGCCCCAAAAAUGAUGUCUAGGUGAGCAGCUGACAAAAUGUUGAGACGCAGCCACACUGUUGCGCAACACACAGUCAGCGCUCCCGAAGCGGCCGGCAGUGACGUCGCAGACGCCGCCAUAUUGAAAUGUUUCCCUUCUCCUCUUCUUCACUGAGCUCAACAGCAGCCAUCAGCUCUCGCUUUCCAACUGGAGACAGGGACGACAACAACAACACAGACAUGGAGACAGACACUCUUCUGGAAGCUCUUAAAGAUUUUGACAAGAAGGUGAAGAAAGAGUCAUCUUCAGUGUUGGAUCAGUUUUUGUGCCAUAUUGCGAAAACCGGGGAAACCCUGGUGUCCUGGUCUCAGUUUAAAAGCUACUUCAUAUUCAAACUGGAGAAAGUAAUGGAGGAUUUCCAAGCAUCGGCCCCAGAGCAACGAGGGCCGGCCAACCCCAAUGUAGAGUCGGUUCCUUUUGAAGAAAUGAAGGAGAGAAUUCUUAAAAUAGUCAAUGGAUACAACGGGAUCCCAUUCACUAUCCAGCGCUUGUGCGAGCUGCUCACUGAACCUAGGAGGAACUACUCAGGAACAGAAAAAUUUCUCAGAGGAGUAGAGAAGAAUGUGAUGGUGGUCAGUUGCAUUUAUCCUACAUCUGAGAAGAAUGGCUGCAGCGGUGUCAACAGAAUGAAUGGAGUCAUGUUGUCAGGGAACAUAACCACCUUUACAGAGAGGAAAGUGAAUGGUCCUGGAACGCCCAGACCAUUAAACAGACAGAAACACUCCAUGUCCAGUUCACUGCCCACAAAUGGCCUUCCGGACAGUACAGAAAACAAAGAGACGAGCACAGCACAAGGACACAGCAAAUCGGCCAGUGAUGCAUCUGUAUCAGGCAUUGGUGGGCCUCUCAGCAGCUCUGUGAAAAACAAACACUUAGAUGACGAGGAAGAUGAGGGAAUGGAGGCGGAGGAACAUGAAGUGAAGAGGCUGAAAUUUAACCAGGAUGGCAAUGAUGAAGAGGAGGAUGAAGAUGAAGUAGACCAGCAGGUUGUCGAGACACCCGGAUCUACGUCAACUAAUAGCUCCUCAGAUCAGUCAGAGGAUGCCGAAUCACCAUCAUCCAUGUUGCAAGAGGGGAGUGAAGAAGAGGAGGAAAGUAAACCUCAUGGUUCAGCCGGAGGCACUGAGGACCAAGAGCCUUCCAGCACACAGCCCGAGUGUCCCGUGGCAGAUUCUAGAGAGGCUUUUACUGAGAGAGAGGUUCCCUGUGGCUCUGAUGACUCCUCAGAAGAGCCCAGCGAUAUGGACCAAUCAGAGCAGAGAGCCCCGGCGAGCGUGGACUCAAGCCCUGAGGUGAGAGAAGGGGAGGAGCCAAGCGUGCAGGUCAGCAGCAGUAGCACUGAUGAAAAUGCGUCUGAACCCACAUCCAGCAGCAGUGGCGUAGAGUCACCCACAGAGGGCGACUCUGGGUCAGGGGCCCUGGACUUAGAGAAUGCAGAGGAGGAGCCUAUGGAGCAGGACUAGAAGCCUGCAGAUUCCUAGCCUAAACAAUAACUGCGUGCUUUUGUGGAGAUUAAGAAGACACACACUUAAGUGGCCUUCCACAAAGUUCCAUCAGAAGCAACACCCAACCUACCGCCAUGCGCCUUUCGGUCGAGAGGCCACCUAACUUCUCCAACCUUCCCAAACGGACACUUUAUGCAGAUGUACAUAUGAUUUUAUUGCUGUAGUGAAGGUUUUAAACUGUCUUCUUUUUUU